AAAGAUUGUUACAACAGUCUUAUAAUAUAACCUUGGAAGAUUUGAUGGAAUCAUCCAACUCUUCUAAGGGAAAUGAUUCGUUGGACCAGUUACGUUAUAAUGUGAAUACUGUAACAGCUGUAAUGCAAGAGAAUACUAGACUAGAGCUUCAACGAGGUGAUCGGUUAAACAAUUCGGUCAGUAAAACAGAUUAUCUUGCAGCCAGCGCUAAUCAAUUCCAAACAACUGCUACGAAAGUGGCCCGAAAAACUUGGUGGAAAAAUUUUCGUAUGAAAUUAAUUAUUGUUGGCGUUGUCGGUGGCAUACUUCUGGAUCAAUUUAUACAACACUUAUUCCAUUCAAACGUCUUGUUAAAAUUUCCAUUUUCUUUACUGCAACAUGUUUUUCUUUUUGUCCCUCGUGACAGAUAA